UCCCAGAGCGGCCCCAGGGUACCUCCGGUUUCGGACGCGGGGUGGGGAGGUCACUUCCGGUUGGGUUGCCGUGCUGCAGCGGGUGGGGCUAUUGGGGCCUGGCCCGGCGGCGGCUCCUCUGCGGUGCUGAGGUCGCCCUAGAGGGCUGCGUCCCGGGAUGCCCGGGACCCUCAUGGCCUGGUGACUCGAGGCCCUCUCCUUGCCAGCUUCUCUCCACCCCGCAGACGGUAAGCCAGCUCUCCAAAUAAACCCCGCUACCAUAGCCCCCGGCUUGAGCCGAGUCUUUCCCUCGCAGGUCUUUUUGAUGUCCUUCAGUGAAGUUUUACCAUUUUGUCCCUGGCAUUUUGGACAACACUUGAUGGCCAUUGUUGAAUGUAUGGUUAUGUAGAUGCGUUGUGUGCAUCUGUUGGAGAGUCUUGUGCUUCUAGUAGCACCAGUGUGGCUUACUGCUGACUUCCUCCCCUUGGAAGCCCAGGGUACCAGGCGAUGGCAACUUUGCACCUGUCUGCCCUGCCCCAGCAGCCCUUGUCAUUCCAGGCUGAGGUGACCUUUGAGGACGUGGCCGUGCUAUUCUCCCGGGAGGAGUGGGGCCGUCUGGGCCCUACUCAGAGGGGCCUCUACAGGGACGUGAUGCUGGAGACCUACAGGAAUCUGGUCUCCCUGGGAGCUGGACGUGCAGGUCCCAAGCCUGGGGUGAUCACACAGUUGGAGCGAGGGGAUGAACCAUGGGUCCUGGAUGCACAGGGUGCCAAAGGGAAAGGGCGACCGAGAGUCAGUGUCUCAGCUCGUGGGACCAGGACUGAGUACAGUGAGUUGUCUUCAGGAGAAAUGCUUGAUGGGGAAGAACUGGAUCGACUCCAGAGUGCUGUUUCCCAGGGACCUGAGCCUGGAGAGGCCCGUGCGUGUGUCCGGGAGCCAGAGGACAGCCUGGACGAGCCUGUGGAACAGAGAUGCCUGAGGCCAGUCACAUGGACUAAUGAGGAGAGCAUCCAGGAGUCUGCACGGAGCCUCAGCUUCCAGUCAAGCCCGAUCUCUGACCAGAGACCUCACAAAUGUGAUAUAUGUGAACAAAGUUUUGAACAGAGAUCAUACCUCAAUAACCAUAAGCGUGUACACAGGACAAAAAAGAUAAAUGUAGUCCAUGAUUCUGGGGAAUUCUUCAGUGCAAAUCUGGCUAAAGAAGCUCAGAUAAUUCCUCUUGGGAAAAAAUUGCAUCAUUGUGGUUACUGUGGGAAAGCCUUCAGGUACAGUGCUAACCUUGUCAAGCACCAGCGGCUUCAUAGCGAAGAAAAGCCCUACAAGUGUGAAGAGUGUGGGAAAGCCUUCGGCCAGAGCUGCGAGUUCAUCAGUCACCGAAGGAUGCAUUCAGGGGAGAUCCCCUACCGGUGUGGUGAGUGCGGGAAGACAUUCAACCAAAGGCCCAACCUCAUGAAGCAUCAGAGGAUUCACACCGGGGAGAAGCCCUACAAGUGUGGUGAUUGCGGGAAACACUUCAGUGCCUAUUCUUCCCUUAUUUACCACCAGAGAAUCCACACUGGAGAGAAACCCUAUAAGUGCAAUGACUGUGGGAAAGCCUUCAGUGAUGGCUCAAUCCUCAUCCGGCAUCGUCGGACUCACACUGGAGAGAAGCCAUUUGAGUGCAAAGAAUGUGGCAAAGGCUUUACCCAAAGUUCUAACCUUAUUCAACAUCAAAGAAUUCACACUGGGGAGAAACCCUAUAAAUGCAAUGAAUGUGAGAAAGCCUUCAUCCAAAAAACCAAACUGGUUGAACAUCAGAGAAGCCACACUGGAGAGAAGCCCUAUGAGUGUAAUGACUGUGGCAAAGUCUUCAGCCAAAGCACACACCUUAUUCAGCAUCAGAGGAUCCACACGGGAGAGAAGCCGUACAAGUGCAGUGAGUGUGGGAAGGCCUUCCACAACAGUUCUAGACUCAUCCACCACCAAAGGUCACACCACGGAGAGAAGCCGUACAAAUGCAGCGAUUGCAAGAAAGCCUUUAGCCAGGGUACUUACCUCAUCCAGCACCGGAGGAUCCACACGGGGGAGAAGCCCUACAAGUGCAGCAAGUGUGGGAAAGCCUUCCGGCACAGUUCCAACAUGUGCCAGCAUCAGAGGAUUCACCUCCGGGAGGACUUUGCGAGGUGACUGUGGACGAGGGCCCAUGAGUUCUGCUGUGCACUUCUCCAUAUGACCCACCCCACCCCUUUAUUUAUUGUCCGUACAGUGUUGUCACAGAUGAAGGGCAUUUCUAAUUAAAAACAAACGCAACUCUUUCCUUAAUCCCAAAGCCGUGCAUGUUCAUUUUAGGGAAAUUGAGAGAGAGGUAGGCAAAAAGAAGUUCUUGUGAUUCCCCCCGUUUAGAAAAUGAAUCCAUUACUGCUGAUUUAGCAUAAGCUUCCUUUCACACAGUUCAGCGCGUUGUCAAAAGACAAUACUGUGUGCUUGUCAUUGCAGCACAGAGGAUCUUCCUUUGUUAUUUCCUCGAUCUUAGAAAAGUCACACUGGAAAAAUUCUACAUAUUUACAUAUUGUAAUUUAAAAAGAUUAGCAUAAUGUUCAUGCUUUUCCGUGUAUCUUAAUAGAGGUGAUAUUGUGGUAAAAUACACAUAACCUGAAACUUACCAUUUUUACCGUUUUUAGGUGUACAGCUCAGUGGCAUUAAAUACACUCACAAUGUUGUAUGACCAUCCCCACUAUUUCCAGAACUUUUAUGAUCUGAAACAGAAACUCUGUACGCAUUAAAUAAUAACUCUGCCUUUC